GGCUGCACGCAGCACGCAGCAACAGGUACCGGACCUCAACACUCUCCGUGUGCCGUCGCGCCGCUGCGCUCUCGACUUUUCCACAGCUCACCACAUCGACGAUGUCGUUACAGCUGUGUCGUCACUGCCACGAAGACGCGUCUUCCUGACAAUACGUUUACGAGUGAGAUCUGCGAUCAUUUGGGACUGAAGAGUAGUUUGCUUCGAGCAGCACCAGACAAUUGCAGUUACGUGCUACUAAGAGACACUCUUGUUCGGCUCCAGCGUUGUUAAAUGGAAACAGUGAGAGUGGUGUGUAACGGUCUUCGCGUGUGUAGUAAGACGUGGUCUGACGCGGGUGAAGUUUGAAACCGUGUCUGUUUACUGACGAGUGGACUUAUUAACCAGUUUCUAAAGCGAUAGUGUUGAAGUGAAGUGUAUCUGGAUCAUUAUUGCUUUUUACUCAGUAAAGUGAGGAAGGGUGAGCUCGGUUUGGUACUGCAGCGGCCUCUCCGGCCGGGAUCGUGUGCCGCAGCUGCGAGUGAUAAACGGAGAUCUAUCAGCUGCAAUCCCAGCGGGACCGCGCCUGAGCUGCGGCCGUGUUGGCGCCCGCUGCGGCCGGAACCACGGUCCGGCUCGCGCGCCUGCGGAAGGGUCGCGGACGCGGUUGCUGCGGUGAUGGCGGCGCGGCGCUGACGUCUGCGUCGCCAUGGCCAGCCGUGUGGGCGUGGCCGCCGCUGUCUCCCUGGCAGCGCUGCUGCUCGCCUGCGACGCCGCGCUGGCCAUCCGCUGGCUGGCGCUGGGGCGGGCGCCGGCGGGCGCGUGGUCGGUGAGCGGCGCGUGCCGGCGCGCACGGGCCUCGCUGGGGCUGGCGCGGCGGCAGGCGCGGCUGUGCCGGUCGGCGGACGGCGAGGCGAUGCCGCACGUGGCGCGCGCCGCCGCGCUCGCCGCCGCCACCUGCCAGGCGCUGUUCGCCGACCGUCGCUGGAACUGCUCCUCCGUUAACAGCGCGCCCGCCUUCUCCAGGGACCUCACCACAGGUACGCGGGAGCAGGCGUACGUGUACGCGCUGUCGUCGGCGGCGGUGGCGCACGCGGUGGCUCGCGCAUGCGCGGCGGGCACCCUGCGCCAGUGCGGCUGCGCGCUGCCGCCUCGAGACCCGCCCAACGGCAACUUCAAGUGGGGCGGCUGCGGCGACAACCUCAAGUGGGGGCUCAGCUUCGCGCGCCGCUUCACCGACCCGCCGGAGAGGCGCAGCGCCAACGAGAAACCAAAGAGCCGCAGCACCGCCGCGCCAGCGCCAGCGAGCGGCGGCAGCGGCGGCAGCGGCCGGCUGCGGGGGCGGCUGCGGAGGCAGCUGGCCGCCGUCAACCUGCACAACAACCGCGCGGGCCGGCUGGCGGUGGAGGCGAGCGUGCAGACGCAGUGCAAGUGCCACGGCGUGUCGGGCUCGUGCAACAUCAAGACGUGCUGGCGCGCGCUGCCGCCGCUGGCCGACGUGGGGGAGCGCCUGAAGCGGCGCUUCGCCGUCGCCGCCGAGGUGGUGAGCCGGCGCGUGGGCGCGGGCCGCCGCCUCCUGCCCGCCCCCGCGCCCCAGGCCGCCCCCGCCGCCGCCGCGCGCGCCCCCUUCUCGCACCACGACCUCAUCUACGUCACCAAGUCGCCCGACUACUGCCAGCGGGACCCCAGGGUCGGCAGCGUCGGCACCAAGCACAGCAGGAUCUGCAACACUACAUCCCAUGGCUAUGACAGUUGCAACGAGAUGUGCUGUGGUCGUGGUCACUACACAGUCACUGUGGAGAGGGUGGAACGCUGUCACUGCAAGUAUUACUGGUGCUGCUAUGUCAAGUGCAAGACGUGUCGAUACUGGGAGGAAGUUCACAGGUGCAACUGACAAACUGUGAUUGUGUGUAUUGCCCUGUACCUUUUAUUUGAAACUGUGUGAUGACUUCAUGGUAGGAGAAAUUUAUAACAAGUGAAUUUGAUGAUAAGAGCUCUAUUUGAGACUGCAUUGAAAGGAUGUGGCUAAACUGAUUCCAUUUGUAGUCACGCCCAGUAAAUGCUCUUGGCAACUGGACCAAAAUAAACAUGAUAUAAUACAAAAUCGAUUGUCUAAGCAAAAGGUAAUAAAACUACGCUGACUGCCUAGCACUGUCUUAACAUGUAAUAUUUUUACUACGUGUAAUAUUUACAAAUGGUGCACCAAACAGAUUAGGAGCUGACUUGUGGAACUGAUAGUCUACAAAACUGUUCUGGGUGGAGUUAAAUUUCUGUUUAAUCUACUGUUACAUUCAGAUAUGAUUUCAGUAACCACUAUUAAUCUUGUUUUGCAGUUAACUGUACUACAAUAUGAAUGUAAUGUGGCCUUGCUUGAUGGGAACAAGACUUGUGCAGCCUGUGAUAUUCUGAUUCAGCUUUCAGCAGUAAAUCAUUCUGUACAUUUUAUAUAUUUUUUAAUAAUUGUGAUGAAUUUGUAAUAAAAACUGAUUCAUGG